AUGGCCGCCAAUCAAACUCCUGUCCCUCAAACCCAAGUCGCUUUGAAUGGAAAAGUGAUUGCCAUUACUGGUGCCAACCGCGGAAUAGGCUUGGGCAUUGCUGAAUGCUGCCUUGACAACGGUGCGGCUCAAGUCUACUCGAUAGAUAUUGGUGAGACGGGAGAAGAUUUCGCUGCUGUGUCGAAGAAAUACCCCAAUAAGCUCUUUGCCGUCACUGCCAAUGUGACUGAGGAGGCCACUAUCACCGCUGCAGUUGAUAAGAUCAUCGAGCAGGCUGGUGCUCUACACGGAAUGGUGGUCAACGCCGGACGUACCCACCAUAAAGCUGCCCUUGACUUCACUAAGGAGGACAUUGAAACUCUGUUCAAUGUCAACCUCUUCGGUGCCUUUUAUACCGCACGUGCCGCUGCGCGCGCAUUUAUCAAACAGGGAAUCAAGGGUUCCGUGGUUUUUACAGCUUCCAUGGCUUCCUACCGUCCUAACAAGCGCGUUCCAUCCGCUCCCUACGGUGCCUCGAAGGCCGGGGUUCGCAAUAUGACCCACACCUUGGCUAUGGAAUGGGCACAGUACGGAAUCCGUGUCAAUAGCGUAUCCCCUGGCCUAGUCAACACCGCGAUGACAUACUGGGUACCUCAACAACCGGACUGGGAGCAGCAGCUCAAGUACUAUGGUGGCUUCCCUCGAUUGGCUGAGGUCCAGGAGCUUGGUGGUGCCUACGUGUACCUCCUAAGUGAGGCCGCCAGCUACACGACUUCCAUCGACAUUCCAGUGAACGGAGUGAUUGGCAUCUGCUAA